AUGAUUACCUCAAAGCCGGUUCCCGUGGAUCUCACGAUAAGACGAGAAUCGCUGGAUCUUGCGUUUAUAAUGGACACAACUGGUAGUAUGUCAUCUUACAUUGAGACGGCCAGACGUAACAUACAGAGGGUCGUCGACGAAGUAUCAACAGAUUCAAACAAAGAUAUCAAGUUCGCGCUUGUCGAAUACAGGGACCACCCUCCACAGGACCACACCUACGUCUUCAGAAAACAUGACUUCACGCCGUUGGUCUCUACUAUGAAAUCGUGGCUGGACGCCUCCCAGGCGUCAGGUGGCGGAGACACGCCAGAAGCCGUAGCAGAUGCCCUACACGCCGGGAAUUCGUUGUCAUGGAGACCAAACGCCGUAAAAAUCGCCGUCCUGGUCGCUGAUGCACCUCCCCAUGGUCUAGAUCCGCCGCUAGACAGGUCGUUCCCUGGAGGGAGUCCGAAUGGACAUGAUCCCAUCGACAUGGCGCACAAGUUCGCAAAGCUCGGUGUGAAAUUGUAUUCGGUGGGCUGCGAACCCUCGAUUUCACCCUACAAGGACUUCUUUAUGGCAAUGGCUUACAUUGCUGGUGGUCAAUACAUCCCAUUGACAGAUCCCCAGAAGCUCAUUGACGCGAUCAUCGGAGGUGCACGAGAAGAAAUGUCGCUGAGCAAAUUCAGCCAAGAUGUUCAAAAUGAAGUGCAGAAAGUGAUCGCGAGCGGGGCACAGCCUAACAAGGAUGCAAUAACACAAUCAGUAUUUAAGAGGUUAUCUGACUCAGGAGCACAAACUACACAGUUGCUUAGAAAUAACCAACCCUUAGAAGGGCCAAGCGCUGGUGCGUUGGCCAUUGCUGCGACCACUUCACUGGCGGACGCUAGGAAUGUUUUCACAAAGGGAAGUUCAGCAGGAUCGACAGGUGGAACUUUAACGAGAAAGCUUUCUCCUAUCGGUGGUCGUAUUUCAGCUUUCGAUAAAAUGGCUUCACGUCCGUCAAUGCGAAUAGCAGAUGCACCUAUUCUUCAUUCCGCCACUGGCGGUGGGGUCGGCGGUGAGGCUUUUACGGCUGUUGAAAGGUCAAUUAGUAUGGACCAGGUCGCUCGAAUGGUCAACAUGGCUGUUGCAGCCGCAGUUUAA